AUGUCAGGCACUGAUGUUUGGGUUGGCUCCUGGAGGCCCCACAAGCCCCGAGGUCCCAUCGCUGCACUCUACAGCAGCCCUGGACCCAAGUAUGCCCUGCCUGGAGCAACAGGUACAAUUAACUUAGUGAUUGACUGAUUGAUUUAUUGGUUGAUUUGUUAUUAACCUUUUGAUUAGUUGGUUGAUUGGUUUUAUUUUGGAGUAUAAAAAGACACAUGGGCAAUCAUCUUCGCCUAUCCUUCUUCAGGUCUGAACUACCAUGACCCCAGAAAGCUGAAAGCACCUGCGUUCAGUUUUGGGACGCGUCACCGCCAAUUCAGCUCAGACUGCUCCCCCGGGCCAGGGUACUUGGUUCCCUCCAACAUCACCAGGAUUGGGCGUGACGGGACCCCUGUAUACUCCCUCUACAGCCGCCCCAAAGACCCCCAGCUGUUCCAAACCCCCGGACCUGGUCAGUAACACACACACCAUUUUAGUAGUUCUUUUUUAUUUUAUUUAAUUUUUUCAUCUGCAUGUGUUUAAUGUGAGGAUGGAUAGUGGUGCCUUAAUGAUACCAGUCAGACAGCAUGUGGUGGUACUCUAACAGUGGGUCUAAAAUAUGACUAAAUAACACCUCCUUAACAUCUGGAAGAUCAACAUGUUUCAGUAACAAAAAACGAACUGGUCCUCAGACAUCAGUGUCAUUUCACAUUUUCUGGUACACUUGCAUGUUUCUUAUACAGAUGACAACAUUUCUAUAAUUUCUACAUCCAAUUUUAAUAAAAUGUCAACUUUUCUUCUCAAGAAGUGGGAACCCUCGAACAGACUGAGGAAAUGAUUGCAGCGACAACAUCAAAAUAAAUCUUUCACAAUGUUGAUAACAACCUCCGUUCACAUUGGAUCUUACCAAGAGACUAUAAAUCAUGUUUUUUCAAACAACACAUCUGUCAAGUUCUAAUGCCUAAAAUCUGCUUAUUUUGUUGGGGGAAAAAAGAACUACCAGCUUGCUUAGACAGAGAAAGCCAAUAGGCUAAUGUAAGACACGACUAUUUAAGAAAUUUCCAAACCCACAAACGUAAGAUCCUAUCUUAACUAAGGUGUGAAGUGAAUCUCUCUCUCCAGCCCUGUCUUCUCAACCCUGAGGGCCACCAAGGCCAAAGCCUUAUAUUUCUUCAUCAUUAAACAACGAUCACCUUUGGAAUCCAUUACAUCAGAAGGACAUCAUCUAAUCUAUCAUCAGGACAGACCGCCUCCAUAGAGGAAUGUAGCGUGAAGAUCAACAAGGCUAAACAUUGCAUUGCGUCUCAAAUGGGUUGCGUCUCAAAUGGCAACCUCUGUAGCUCAGGUUCACCCGUACGUAAAAUGUAUGCACGCAUGACUAAGUUGCUUUGGAUAAACACACACACUUGCAAGUACACAUAUACUCCCCCUUGCGGCAGAUGUGGAUGCGGGUGCGUUUGCACGCUCAGCCCAUUUCUUCCCCAGUCAACCAUGUGGUGUGCAUUUUUGUGUUUGAAAAGGUGCGGCGUUAAGUGAGUGAGAGGGGAAAUGGUUGCAUAUCCCAGAGCCGACCGGGGGUCUAUGAGCAGGGGUAGUGAGAGAGAGCUUUCAAUUUUGUGUAGAUGAGGGAUAUACAUUUUUAAAUAUAGUAUACAUCUAAUCUAAUUUUUCAUUGUCCUAUCAUGGUGGAAAGAUCCCUAACCCUAUAACCUGGACACCGACCUGAGCGACCCAUACACCAAAGAGAAGUUCCCAUCUCUUUUAUGGACCUGCUGUGAAUAUGCGGCCUAAACAGAGAAAUAAAUGCGGUCAGAGACCUACUUGAGCAGCACCGCCCCCUCAAGAUUCUGAGCCUGCCUGGCAGGGUUGGUCCUACAAAGCCAGAGCCCCCUGAUGGGAGAGCAUAAUAUACAAGGAAAUUCUCAAAGCUGCUAAUGAGAACCUUGACGACCUUUUACCUAGCCGGUGGGGAUUCCGGUGGGGUACGCCCACCCAGGUAGUGGCAGUGCUGGCAACACAGGCUGCAGUAACCCAUGGGGAGGGGGUCACACUCGGACAAUCAGAGAGGGGGUUUAUCAUUGUAGCCCAGGUGGCACAAAAUAAUCAAAGGUCUGACCGCAUGGAGAUGCUUGGGAAAAUGGUUACAACAGGGGAUCAGAGUGUUUGUGUCUCAGGUGAAGAGGGUGGAUCUGAUCUCCAUCACCUAGGACUUGACAUAGAUUAAGUAGAUUAAUCAAAUCUGACAUUGUUAUCAAUUUCUGCUCAAUCUGCAUGCUUUCUCAAUCAGCUUUAACUGUAUGUGCACUCGUAAAUCAAGUUAUUUCUCGAGUUGGGCUCUGGGAUAUAACAGCCGUUGAGUAUCUGAUUUUAUGGUGGAUUGUGGAGGAGGGGGGUUGAGUGUGUUGGAGUAUGUGAGUAUGUGCGUGUGUGCUUGUCUGGCAUCUGUUGUGGGGGGGUGGGGAUGCUGGGGGGGAGGGUAUGGGAUGGACCACGGGAAUUAUUUGCUAGGAUAAUAAUUGCUUGUCAAUGAAUUAAAUGUAAUACAAUGGCAAUCCGGGUUAUAUGUUAGAAUCCUACGCGUGAACUGCCGACAUUAUUACGCAUAUUAAUUGAUAAUGAUGGAAAUUAGGAUAUGCAUAAUAAAAAAAUAAAAAAAAAAUAUAUAUAUAUAUAUAUAUAUAUAGAGGUGAAAGCAUUGGAAAUGCUUUUGGCGGUUAAUCUGCUUCUGUUUUGUGGGUGGUACUGUGUGCUGUUUUCGAUGGAUGGGUCCUGGCCUCUCGGGGCCUUAGGGAUGCGGAGGGACGUGGGUGGGAUGCUGAUCACUGGGAUGACGGCUCAACUUGGGAUGGGGAGGGGCUUUAGCGGGGGGAAUUAGUGGAGAACAAUUGAAGGGUUGCUCCGUAGCAGUGCAAAUAUCACGGUACAGCUAUAUGGACACUCAAUCAUUACGCUAUUUUUUAUUGGUAAAUUUACAAACAUAUAUAAUGAUAAAUAGACUUGAAACUUGUAUCUCAUUAUGGUGUAUGGUGAAAUAAGUAUAGCCAGUUAUAAUUGUAAUGGCUUAGCUGAUAAUAACAAAAGAAGAACAAUAUUUACAUGGCUCAAAGAGAAGGAAUAUAAUAUCUAUUGUAUACAGGAAACUCAUUCAACAAUUCGAGAUGAAGUGGCGUGGAAAAAAGAAUGGGGGGGGGGGAAAUAUACUUCUCCCAUGGGCAAAGAAAUUCAAAAGGGGUGAUGAUAUUAAUUAAUAGUAAUUUCGAUCCGAAUGUGCAAAUUGUACAAAUAGAUACACAAGGUAGAUGGAUUAUUUUAAAUAUGUUAUUGGACCAUAAACAGAUAUGGCUCAUUAACCUUUACGGACCAAAUAAGGAUGAUCCACAAUUAUUUGACAAUAUAUAUAAUAAAUUAUCAAGCCUGCAAGCAACUCAAGACAAUAUUAUUAUGGUGGGGGAUUACAAUACUGUUUUAAAUAGCUCAAUGGACCGUAAAGGAAAUCACACCACAAACAAUCACCCACAUGCUCUUAAGGAAAUUGUGAAUGUCAUGGAUACAUUAGAACUAGUAGAUAUAUGGAGGCUUAAAUAUACUGAUCUAGUGAGAUAUACAGUGGGGAGAACAAGUAUUUGAUACACUGUCGAUUUUGCAGGUUUUCCUACUUACAAAGCAUGUAGAGGUCUGUAAUUUUUAUCAUAGGUACACUACAACUGUGAGAGACGGAAUCUAAAACAAAAAUCCAGAAAAUCACAUUGUAUGAUUUUUAAGUAAUUAAUUUGCAUUUUAUUGGAUGACAUAAGUAUUUGAUCACCUACCAACCAGUAAGAAUUCCGGCUCUCACAGACCUGUUAGUUUUUAUUUAAGAAGCCCUCCUGUUCUCCACUCAUUACCUGUAUUAACUGCACCUGUUUGAACUCGUUACCUGUAUAAAAGACACCUGUCCACACACUCAAUCAAACAGACUCUAACCUCUCUUCAAUGGCCAAGACCAGAGAGCUGUGUAAGGACAUCAGGGAUAAAACUGUAGACCGUACAAGGCUGGGAUGGGCUACAGGACAAUAGGCAAGCAGCUUGGUGAGAAGGCAACAACUGUUGGCGCAAUUAUUAGAAAAUGGAAGAAGUUCAAGAUGACGGUCAAUCACCCUCGGUCUGGGGCUCCAUGCAAGAUAUCACCUCGUGGGGCAUCAAUGAUCAUGAGGAAGGUGAGGGAUCAGCCCAGAACUACACGGCAGGACCUGGUCAAUGACCUGAAGAGAGCUGGGACCACAGUCUCAAAGAAAACCAUUAGUAACACACUACGCCGUCAUGGAUUAAAAUCUUGCAGUGCACGCAAGGUCCCCCUGCUCAAGCCAGCGCAUGUCCAGGCCCGUCUGAAGUUUGCCAAUGACCAUCUGGAUGAUCCAGAGGAGGAAUGGGAGAAGGUCAUGUGGUCUGAUGAGACAAAAAUAGAGCUUUUUGGUCUAAACUCCACUCGCCGUGUUUGGAGGAAGAAGAAGGAUGAGUACAACCCCAAGAACACCAUCCCAAACGUGAAGCAUGGAGGUGGAAACAUCAUUCUUUUGGGACGCUUUUUUGCAAAGGGGACAGGACGACUGCACCGUAUUCAGGGGAGGAUGGAUGGGGCCAUGUAUCGCAAGAUCUUGGCCAACAACCUCCUUCCCUCAGUAAGAGCAUUGCAGAUGGGUCGUGGCUGGGUCUUCCAGCAUGACAACGACCCGAAACACACAGCCAGGGCAACUAAGGAGUGGCUCCGUAAGAAGCAUCUCAAGGUCCUGGAGUGGCCUAGCCAGUCUCCAGACAUGAACCCAAUAGAAAAUCUUUGGAGGGAGCUGAAAGUCCGUAUUGCCCAGCGACAGCCCCGAAACCUGAAGGAUCUGGAGAAGGUCUGUAUGGAGGAGUGGGCCAAAAUCCCUGCUGCAGUGUGUGCAAACCUGGUCAAGACCUACAGGAAACGUAUGAUCUCUGUAAUUGCAAACAAAGGUUUCUGUACCAAAUAUUAAGUUCUGCUUUUCUGAUGUAUCAAAUACUUAUGUCAUGCAAUAAAAUGCAAAUUAAUUACUUAAAAAUCAUACAAUGUGAUUUUCUGGAUUUUUGUUUUAGAUUCCGUCUCUCACAGUUGAAGUGUACCUAUGAUAAAAAUUACAGACCUCUACAUGCUUUGUAAGUAGGAAAACCUGCAAAAUCGGCAGUGUAUCAAAUACUUGUUCUCCCCACUGUACAUGGCGGAGACUGAAUCAAGCUAGUCGUCUUGACUUCUUUCUUAUCUCAUUCUCGUUGGCACCAAAAGUAAAAAAAAGUGUUGAUAGGGGACAGAAUGCGGUCGGACCAUCAUAUAAUAGGCAUAUACAUUACUCUUACUGAAUUUCCACGUGGGCGAGGAUAUUGGAAAUUUAAUCAAAGCCUAUUGGAUGAUAAUUUAUUUAUAAUUAGAACAAAGGAAUUUAUAACUGACUUUUUCCAACAUAACAUACGUACAGCGAAUCCCCUUAUUGUAUGGGACUCCUUUAAAUGUGCCUUUAGAGGCCAUGCAAUUCAGUACUCAUCUCGAAAACAAAAGCAAUUUAGGUCAAAAGAGUUUAUACUAAGAAAGGAAAUAGAAAGUCUAACAGAACAGAUAGAUGGCAAUAAAACUGUAACAUAGAGGCUCAGAAUAAAUUAGAGGAAAAACAAAAAGAAAUGGAGAAACUUAUUCAAGAAAGAUCAAGUGUAAUAUAUUAUAAAAAUAAAGCAAACUGGAUGGAAUAUGGGGAAAAAUGCACAAAAUUAUUUUUUUAUCUUCAACAUAGGAAUGCUACCAAAAAGAACUUAAUGAAACUGGUUACAAUUGACGGAGUCACCCAUAAUUCACCAAAUGAUAUUUUGAAGGAAGAAACAAAGUACUUUAAGCAUAUGUUUUCUUUUCAGCCGCCUCCAUCUCCUCUAACUGAAGCUAAUUGUAGAGAUUUUUUUUCUAUUGAUAAUGUCAAAUUAACAGCCACACAGAAAGACUCAUGUGAAGGUGAAAUUACAGAGGAGGAACUUCUGGAUGCAAUUAAAGACUUUAAGUCUGGGAAAACUCCAGGGUUGGAUGGCAUACCAGUCGAGGUAUACCAAACCUUUUUUGAUAUACUAAGAGGACUGUUAUUAGCAUGUUUUAACCACUCCUAUGUAAAUGGUAGAUUAUCUGACACUCAAGAAGAAGGUCUGAUCUCAUUAUUACUGAAACAGGAUACAAGUGGAAAAUAUAAAGAUCCAGUCCAUUUACAAAAUUGGAGGCCCCUUACACUUCAGGGUUGUGAUGCAAAAAUCCUAGCAAAAUGUAUAGCGUCCCAUAUAGAUUGCAAAAUAGUUGGGAAGAGAUCUUUGACGUACCGAUCCCAUGGCAUAGUGUUUAUGAACUGACACGCAAAACGACACCGGAUUCAAAAAUUAGAAUCUUUCAAUUUAAAUUAUUAUAUAAAAUUCUUGCUACCAAUAUAAUGUUAUUUAUAUGGGGGAUACAAUCUUCCCAGCUCUGCAGAUUUUGCUGUGAAGAGACAGAAUCAUUAGAUCAUUUGUUUUGGUUCUGUCCAUUUGUAGCUUGUUUUUGGACACAGGUCCAGGAAUGGCUAAAGGAUUGCAAUAUUUACCUGGAACUAACCUUGCAGAUAGCAUUAUUGGGUGAUCUGAAAAGUCAUAGUCAAUCAAUCAAUAAUAUAAUAAUACUUUUAGCAAAAAUGUUUAUUUUUAAUUCACAAUCUGUAGAAGCAAUGAGAAUAGAAAGGUUCAGAACUUUUGUAAAACAUCACAGUACGGUUGAAAUAUAUAUGGCAAAUAGAAAUCCUAUAUGGAUGGUGUUAAGAGAUAGAUGGGAGGUAUUGAAUAGAGUUGAAGGAUGGGACUAAUAACAAAUAACAACAAAUAAUAACAAAGAUAGCUAAUAAUGUAAGCAUACUGUGUCCAUAAUAAGUAUAUAGGUUGUAUGUUGGGAGCUUUUGGGAAAGAGCACAGUUAGAAAGAUAUGGCAUAUAGAAGCAAACCGGAUGGACAUCAUGAAUAUGAUCGGAGAGGUUGAGAGUAGAAGAAGUUCAGGAGCAAUAAAAAUAAAAAAACAAAAAUAAAUAUAUAAUAUAAUUAUUGUAAAAUUAACUCUGUCCAUAAGGUGUAGAUAGUAAGUAUAGACCGGAAGUAGAGGCCUGGGCAUUGUUGUUCACUAAUUUACUCCAAGUAGGGAAAGGAUGGUGGGGUUGAAAAGUAAUAAAGGGGAGUGUAUAUAUAAAAAUAAAAAUAAAAAAACAUGGGGGAUUGGAAGUGAUGCAGACAAUUACAUUGAUAGAAGAUACAAUAUAUCUGCAAUAUUAAGCUGAUCCAUUCCCCCCCAAAAAAUACAAAAACAAAAACAAAAAAAAAGUAAAAAAUAAAUAAAUAGAUAUUAAAAAUAUUGAAAAAAAAAACAUUUAAAAAAAGUACACAUAUACACACACACACAAGAAUUCUCAAAACGCACACACCGUCUCUGAGAAACUACACACACAUACGGCAGGUAGCUUAGUGGGUAAGAGCGUUGUGCCAGUAACCGAAAGGUUGCUGGUUCUAAUCCCCGUGCCGACUAGGUGAAAAAUCUGUUGAUGUGCCCUUGAGCAAGGCACUUAACCCUAAUUGCUUCUGUAAGUCGCUCUGGAUAAGAGCGUCUGCUAAAUGACUAAAAUGUAAAUGUAAAUGACUCAAGACACAUAAUAUGAGACUUUGUUCUAACUGUCUGUUUGGUGUUUUAGGCCGCUACUCCCCUGAGAGGUCAGGGAAGUCUGCAUAUUACUCUGCCCCUGCCUACUCCCUGUCUGCCAGGAGCAAAGGCUUCCGCAACGACCAGACCCCAGGUAACAUCCUCUUCAAUAAUGAUAAGUCCAACACUGUGGCUUUAAGAGAUGUGGAAUAGAAUGUUGGCUGUAGAAUUUUAGAAAGUGAUCGAUCGAAUAUUCAGUGAUAGCAUGUUCGAUGAACACUGAAAAUGUGAUAGAACUGUAUAUAAUGUUGGUGUACUUACGAAAUGUGAUUGUUUGUGUCCUCUCUCUCAGGCCCUGCUGCUUACAUGCUGCCCUCUGUGCUAGGGCCUGCCACCGUCAACAAAACCUCUGCCCCUAACUUCUCCCUCCGAGGACGCAGCAAGAUCGGCAGCUUCCACGAGGACCUGCAGAAGGUAGAUCUGACAUGUCAAACAAACUCUUCAAAAUGGACAUCUCAUCUGUCCUCUUUAUCGAUGAUGAACAGAUUGAGUUAGUAGGCCUAUCGUUCAUUGUUUUCUUCCCUCACAUUUCUUCCCUGUGUGUUUCCAUCUGUACAUCAGACGCCUGGCCCAGGGACAUACAGAGUGGUGGACCCCUGCACCUACAAACACAAGCCCCCCCACUACAGCAUGACAGGACGCAACAGCAUGCCUGGAGACACCACCAAGAAACCAGGCCCUGGAGCUCACCACCCUGAACAGGCAAGACACCUCAUCAUAACCAUAUCACACUUCUAUAAUUGUGUACUUAUGCAAUGAUUAAAAUCAUAUAAAAAUAAUAUGAACAUAUCUUCUACAAAGUUUGUUUCUACCCUCUGUUGCAUGGGUAAUGCACUAACUGACUGUCUUCUGUUCCAAGGUGACCUUCACCAGGAUCAAACCUCCAAGCUUCUCUUUCGGAAUUCGUCAUUCUGAGUUCAUCGCUCCGCUCAUCGUGGACUUGGUGGAAUAG